AUGAGUUUGGAGCGCUCGAAGAUCCGAUCAUGGAGGGACCUCUCUGAGGCAUUUUUGAAGCAAUACAAGUACAACCUUGACAUGGCUCCGACAAGGCUUCAACUACAAAACCAUUCGCAAAGAUCUAAUGAAACCUUCAAGGAAUAUGCUCAAAGAUGGCGCGAAAUGGUGUCUAGGGUUCGACCAACACUAUCUUAUAAUGAGUUGGUUGACAUCUUCAUGGGCACGCUGCAUGGGAUGUAUUUUGAGAAAAUGAUUGGCAGUUCUUCAACAAACUUCACCGAUAUGAUCACUAUUAGGGAACAUGUUGAGAGUGGGCUGAAAUCGGGGAAGAUAACAGACACAACCGCGCCACAGUCAGUCAACAAGAGAUCGCAUGGGGGCUUCGCAAAGAAGAAUGAGGGGGAAGCAAACACUGUAAUGGCGAAGGCUCACCCCCGAUAUCGAGUUCUGAUGGCCCCUAUGCCGUACUAUCCUUAUCCGUAUGUCGCCGCAGCUCAAUACCAACAACCGUCUUUCCAGUAUCAACCACAGAGAAGCAAUCAACAACCGGCUCCUGCUCAGAAAGAUCAGAAUCGACAAUACAACCGUGACAAUAGAGGGCAGAAUAACAGAGGAAACUAUGGCAAGCGCACUCAGUACGACAAGAUCCCAGUACCUUAUACUGACUUGGUACCGUAUUUGAUCCAUGUGGGGGCCAUUGUUCCAAAAGAAAUCCCCCAGGCUAUGUCGCCUUACCAUUAUAAACAUAAUCCCAACGCCUCAUGCGCCUACCACGCCGGUCACGUGGGACAUUCCACCGAAGAUUGCUGGCCAUUAAAAAAUAAAAUACAAGACUUGAUUGAUAGGAAAAUCUUGACCUUCUCGGAGGAAAAGCCAAACGUGAAGACAAAUCCCAUACCUAAUCAUGAUGGUCCUUCAGUCAGUGUCGUCAUUGAAGAGGAACCCGCAGAGCCUGUGAAGUGGGUCGAUGAGGUGAAAACUCCGUUCUCCGUUGUGUUGAGAAAACUUGAAGAAUUUGGGUUUCUAGAAGGAGUACAUAAUGAUUGCUCAGUGUGUGAGUCUGAUCCAGAUGGUUGUGAGCAAUUGAGAGAAUGUGUGCAAGAAUUGAUGAAUCAAGGGUUAGUACAAUUCUCUAAGUCUAAAGCAGCAGAAGAGGUAGCAGUGAUUGAACCGAUAACUAUUGUAUACAGGAAGAAGAAGGUUGAAGCUCCUCCCAAGAGGAUUCAGCCGAUCCAUUUCCGUGUUCUAACUCCGUUUCCAUAUUAG